AAUAAGAUGCUGAAAAAAGUAUGUUUCAAUACUUUAACAAAAUAGAAGAGUAGCAGCAGCAUAAACAAUUGAUUUUAGUGCAAGUGUGUUUUUAGUUUGUGAAAUGCAAUGAUUAAACUAAUACAAAAUACUGUUGCCUGUGCAGAAAAAAAGAAUUAAAAAAGAAUGUUUUGAUCAUCUGGAUGUGACCUUUACGCGCAGCAACCGUGGAAACAAUUUGUUAACCAUAAACGGAAAACCGUUUACACUCAAUCGACGCAUUAAGGAUGCCUGCUACUGGGAAUGUGUCAAGUUGAGAUCACGCUUAGUCAAAUGCACCGCUCGCGUAAUAACCAAAGCGAAUCGGAUUUCGUCGCUGCGUGGUCAACAUAAUCAUCCAUAGAAAGAAAUCUCCAGCUUACCAUUAAAAAUAAUAAAUAUGAGCCGUUUUACGACAGCCAAAUAUUGCGCAGUAUGUGCGAUCCAAGCGUGGCACAGAUCUGGUCUAUCACGCGGGCAACACUUACACGCCCAAUGAGAAACUGUGUCAGGGUCAGAAAUCCCGCGACUGGAAGUGCUCCAUGUACCACAAGGCCAAGUGUCGUGCCCGUCUGGUGACGCGUUUGUCCAGUCAGGGCGAUCAGAUACAUGAAACUAAUUCCCGACAUACGCAUCCCAAUAUGUAUACGUUGGAACGGCAAGAGUGUCCGAGUGUGGAGAAGCUCUGUGAUGCGCGCAAUCCACUUUGCAGCAUUAUUCGCAUACCAAAGACGGUUGACGUUUACCUGCCCGUAGACUUUGUGGUGCAUGCUAAUGGAAAAUUAGCGUCCCCCAAACAGCAUAAGCUACGCUUUAUCAGAGGCCAACGCCAGACGAUGCAGUUAGUUUAUAAUCAAUAUGCAUACGCCAAGAAUAAUGAGCAUGGAGCUACAACCUACUGGAACUGCCGCAUACGUCGUGCUGGUCUGGAGCCUUGCCAUGCACGUCUGUCGACCACCAAGCUGCCAAAUGGCAAAUACAAGAUUUGUCUUAACCGAUCGGAGCAUAAUCACAUGCCCUCUAAGCGCAUUAUGCGCAUGCUUAACCAAACAUUAAAAUAAACAUAAUUUUUAAGCGAUUAGUACAAAAAUAUAUACAUAUAUGCG